AUGUCGAAUCAUCCACAUUGGCACGACCAGCAAGCUCAAUACUCGGGCCAGCCUCAGUCACGCCAUCAUCCUAACAUGGGCCCUUACGCAGGUCCUUCUCCUUCAUUACAGCAGCAAGGCACUCCAUACUCCAACGUGCCACAGCACGGCGGUCAAUAUCAGCAAGCACACCUUCCGCCUUCUGUCGGUCGACAACCACCUCAGCAGCAGCAGUGGACGUCUUCCGGCGGAGGAGGAUCACAGGAUUAUGGUGGUCCCAGUCCUGGCAAUUCGUCAGGCGCGCGCUCGUCAGCACCUUAUGCCUCUGGCUUUGACGGAGGUAAUCCUUCUGUAGGCAACACUAACAGUCCUAUGCGACAGCACGGUACUCAUCCAUCCCCAUAUGCAUCCACCUCUCCUUACCCACCGCCUCCAUCCGAUUCGCAGAUGCAUCUAGGCACAGGCGGUGGUCUGCCUAGCCAGUACGAUUACAACAACAAUCAUGGUCCAGGUCCAGGUGCAUACUCGCAUCCUCAUCAUCCUUCAUCACAGUCCCAGCAACAGCAGCACCCACCACCACAGCAUGGCCACCCUUCACAACAGCAGCAGCACUGGAACUCUAGCCCCUUACCAUCCGUCUUGCAGCCUCAGUCGAUGGGACCAGCCUCAGGUCCAGGUGGCCCCAGUGGCCUCCCUGGUCUUCCUCCGCAGCAUGCAAUGGAUCGAGCCUAUGGCGUACCCAAGCAGGAAGACGACAUCGACGACGACGACGGCGGCCCAUACGACGACUACGAUGCAAAGGGCAAAGCACGCGGUAGCGAUGCAGCUCAGACAGCCAACAAGGCCACCAGCGACUUUGUCAAAAAACUCUUCAGCAUGCUCGAUGACAAAGCCUACGAAAGCGUCGUCGCUUGGUCUCCUUCCAGUGACAGUUUCAUCGUCAAGGACAUGAACGAUUUCACAAAGCAUGUCUUACCACGCAACUUUCGCCACUCCAACUUUGCCAGUUUCGUUCGUCAGCUCAACAAGUACGACUUCCACAAGGUCAAGAAUCCCGAAGAUGGUUCCGCCACUGUUGGCGAGCAUGUAUGGGAAUUUCAACAUCCUCACUUUGUUCGAGGGCGCGAGGAUCUGCUCGAGAAUGUCAAGCGAAAGAUUCCCGCCAAGAAGAAGCCCAACGUCAAGGGAGGACUGUUGGAAGCUGAUCGGGAUGACAGCCCUUCAAUACCAUUGCCUGUCGAAGCCGGAGCUGACAGGUCCGCCGAAUCGAAUGCUGAUCUCAGAGCACAGGUGGCCAAUCUUACAGCCGUACAGGACCACAUGCAAAACCACAUCUUGGCACUCACAAAGCAGUAUCAAAGUGUCAUUGGUGAGAUGCUUACGUUCCAGCGGAACAUGGUACAACAGGAUCAGUUGAUGCAAAAUUUGAUCCAGUACUUGAUGAGUUUGGAGCAGGAUCGAAAACCCCAUGGUAUUUCGGCGGCUACCUUUUCGCCACAGAACCAUGGCAGUGGUGCCAAUCCUUCCAAUGAUGGUUCCUCGUUCAUGGCUCCGGAUAUGCCUGAUAAGCUCGCUAGAUCGUUUCGAGAUGUAAGCGGCUCGAGGUUUGGCCAGAUGAAUCGAGGUGAUGGAUCCGGGAGCAGCAACAGCAACAACAACAAUUUGAAGGCGACACAAGGCCCCUCUUCGGUCGGCUCAUCGGGCCCUGGUGCAUCCAGCAGCACCAACGCUGGUUCUUCAACACGAUUAUCUGGCAUGACAAGCGCACCUUCCACUGCUGCUCCCUUGUCUCCCAAGAGCGUUGCUUCGCCAAUGGACGGCAACACUGGCAGGACUCCCGAAUCAUCUCAGCAACUCACAUCGAUGACGAUGCAGCCGCCGCCUCGUCUCAGUGGUAGUGAAGCAGCAAACAACAGCCUCGCCAACGCCAACGGACCCGGCGACACCAGGCCCAAACUCGACGCUCGCAACGGCUCCCCCAACUCUGUCCCUGGCUCCUUUGACAGCAGCAACCAAAACAAAGAGAAUUCGUUAGCACCAAUGGACAAGAAACGCUCCCAGUCAGGUCCCGCCAACCUCCUUCGCGUCCGUCGCAACACCUUUGUACCGGGUUGGACGGUCCCCCCUCGAGUCCUCUUGGUGGACGAUGACGAGGUUUGUCGAAGACUGUCGUCGAAGUUCUUGCAGGUGUUUGGCUGUUCUAUCGACUAUGCAGUCGACGGAAUGUCAGCGGUGAACAAGAUGAACCAGGAAAAGUACGAUUUGGUGUUGAUGGAUAUUGUCAUGCCCAACUUGGAUGGUGCUUCUGCCACAUCGCUGAUCCGACAAUUCGAUCCGAAGACACCGAUUAUCUCGAUGACGUCGAAUUCUGGACCGAGCGAAUUGAUUAGCUACAUGUCUUCCGGUAUGACCGACAUCCUGCCCAAGCCAUUCACCAAAGAAGGCUUGUUGAAUAUGCUAGAGAAACAUUUGUUGCAUCUGAAGACGGUACAACAGCAGCACAGAGGCUCAGGACUGGGAGAUGGAAGUGAAAAAGGUCUACACCAGGCGCUCAACAUGAGCAUUAAGCAGAUCUCUCCCACUCCCGCUCCUUCCGGUGGUGCCGGCCAUCCUUCCGGUAGCACCCCAUCUAAAGGGGCUAUGAGCAGCGGAGCCGCAGGAGGUGAUGGAAGCCUAAACCCACUCGCAGGAAUGGGAUUCACGGAUGAAGAGUACGUAGCGAUGCUACAAAACUUGAUCGCUGCUGGAACGGGGAAUGACGAUGAUCUGUUCGGAAUGGGCCCGCUUUGUAGUGCCAGUGACGAUGCAACGCCAGGUGGAAGGUGUUCAUUCGGUGCGACUCCAACACCGGGAUUGAAGAGAACUGCGUCUGGCAAUGACGGUCAGCAACAGUAUUACGAUCAGGGACAGCAACAUGGAAAUGGAAACGGAAUGAGGAAUCAGUUGGACGGGAACAAGAGGAGGCGGUAUAAUGAGAUUUCCUGA